AUGGCACCCCAUACACUCAAAUACACAACCAAGCUUGUCAGCAAGCGUAUCCUCAUCCUGGGAGGGACAUCCGGCAUUGGCUUCUGCGUUGCCGAGGCCGCGCUUGAACAUGGUGCCGACGUUAUCAUCUCUAGCUCGAACGCUGCCAAAAUUACUGCGACAAUCGCAAAAUUGCAGGACGAAUAUCCGGAAUUGACGAGCUCUCAAAAAGUCUCUGGAUAUCCCUGUGACCUCGCAAACCCUUUGGAACUAGAGGAAAACCUUACGCGUCUCCUUGAGCAGGCGACCGAAGGGGGCAAGCUGAAACUUGACCACAUCGCUUUCACAGCAGGCGAUGCGCUUCAACUUCCUGCCCUACAAGAUGUUGUGGUGGAUGCCGUCAAUGCAUCUGGCACCGUCCGUUUUCUCGCACCUUUGAUCCUGGCCAAGAUUCUCCCAAAAUACAUGGAUAGAUCACCUGCCAACUCUUUCACGGUGACUGGAGGGGCAAAUGCUCAUCGGCCUCCGCCUGGCUGGUCUGUAAUGGCUGGCUAUGCAACUGCAAUCGAGGGUCUUGUGCGUGGAUUAGCGCAGGACCUCAAGCCCCUGCGAGUCAAUAUCGUAUCACCUGGAGCAGUUCAUACCGAGCUGUUCGAGGGAUUCGGCAAAGACCUCGACGAGUUGCUGAAAGGAUUUCGAGAAAACAGUCUAACUGGAACGGUUGGUAGGCCCGAGGAUGUGGCCGAGGCAUACAUCUACAUUAUGAAGGACAGGUUCAUUACAGGCUCUCUUGUAGCAUCUAAUGGAGGAAUAUUCUUGGUUUAG